AUGGCAAAGUUUGUUCUUGCAGGCAAAGCUGAUUGUCCUUAUUAUGCAAAGGCUGAGCUACUUUCUGAUAUGCUGCAAAGAAACCUGCCUGAUUUUCAUAUUCAUAAGAUCUGUGUGCACCCCGAUGACUGGAAGAAAUGGCUGGAUGACACCUGUGCAUCAAAUGACUGGAAGCAUUCAAGUUCUCCUAUAAUUUGGAGGGAGCUGAUUGAUCGUGGUGGGAAAGGCAUGCUCCUCGGAGGCUUCAGUGAUUUCCUUGAGCAUGUUCAGGGUUACUAUGGCGUCACCUCAGAUAUGACCUCUGAUCUGAUGCUAAAAAUCGCAGCAGAGAAUCUUCAGACCAAAGAACUUUGUGUGCAGGAGGAAGUUCACCGAUGCAACUCUUUCAGAUCUCUGCACAUCUGGAUAAGCAGUGCUCUGAACCCCAUCUGCUACAGCCUUAUUCCUGAGCUGUUCAAGCCAGGAUUGUUCCCAGAACUCCCCACCAUCAGCCUUCACCUCCUGGACGUUGGAGGCUCCGAGGAGUUGUUACAAGGGCUCAAGAUGGAGACAGAAGACCUCGCUCUACCUCACCUCCAUGAGGUCACUGUCCAUUUAGAACAGACCCAAGCAUUCCAGGAAGCCCACCUAAUUAUUUUUCUGGAUGAUCUGCUGCCAGAGUGCAAAAUUAAUGAUGAGCAGGAUGACAAGGACCACAUGGUGAGCCAGGUAACAAGAAAUUUUUGUUGCUAUGGGCAACUCAUCGAGGCGAAUGCACAGAAAGACGUAAGAGUGAUGGUGGCAGGAGACUCCUUACUUAAUCUGAAGUGCUCGCUACUUAUUGAGAACGCACCCUCCAUUGACCCUCACAACUUUGUGGCCAUGGCAACGCAACUGGAGUACGAGGCAAGAACUCAGCUGGCACAAAAAUUGUCAGUGAAAACAGCAGACAUCACUAAAGUCAUCAUAUGGGGCAACAUCAGUGGCAGUUCCCACAUUGACCUACAGAUGGCAAAGGUUUUCAAAUGUGAUGGCGCUGUUUGGGGACCAGAUGGCUUUUCUCAGCAUGUCAUGGAUAUGAUUUAUGAUUGGAAAUGGCUGAUGUCAGAUUUUAUCGGUUUAGUACAUAAACACCGUGACACAAUUUCAUCCAAGACCAACAAAGCCACAGCCAUAUCAACAACCAAUGGAAUAGUCACAGUUUUAAAGGCCUGGAACAAUAAUGUGUCUGCAGAGGAAGUCUUCUCAUUGGGUGUACUUAGUACAGGACAAUUUGGAAUUCCAGUAGGUUUGGUGUUUUCAAUGCCUGUGAGCUUCACGGAUGGAUGCUGGUCAGUAUUGUCGGAUGUGACUAUAACAGAGGAGUUGAGGAUGAAACUUUGGACUUGUGUUGAUGAACUCAGAAUGGAGAGAGACAUUGCGGCUAGAAUACUGCAGAAAGGAUGAAGAUACAUAAAUCCAUCAAAAUGACAGAUAAUGAUUUUAACAAAAGUAAUAUUUGUUAAUAUUUUAACAGCUUUGUGGAUUUUUAUUUAUUCUUAUUUUCUUAGCUGGGUGCAAUCUCAGAGUUACCUGUAAAUGGCAAGUUUGAUGACUUUGCAGUAAGCCUAUAUAAACGGCCAUGUUUAGCACUCAGUGUUUUACUCUAUUUUUUGGAAAUACAUUAACCUUAUAGGUGCUGUAAGCGAUUUUAUCCAUUCUACUACCACGAGACUGAGCCGUUGGAUUAGCCACCCCCCUCUUUCCAAAAAGCCUGCUCUCCAAAGAUACCAAAUGAGCUUUAUUGAGGCCUACAUCAUGCAGAAAUGGUUGUUAACAAAAGCAGCAGCAAAAUAGCACCCUGAACUGACAACUGUGAUGAACAACAUGGCAUAAAAAUGGCAGUAAAGCCUCAAUAAAUUGCUGAAACUACAAUGCAAUGAGAACGUGCAAAAUGAUUGACAGGUCGAAAGCAUCAGACGUCUCCUCAGUAAUCUGCAUAUUGGUAUAAUUCAUGUACCUAACACAAAUAAUUUGCCUUAGCAAGCACCACUAAGUAUUUAUGCAGGAUAUACAGUGGCAAGUAAAAGUAUGUGAACCCUCUGAAAUCAUCUGCAUUUAUGUAUAAAUUUGUCUUAAAAUCUGGUUUGAUCUUCAUCCAAGUUACAAUA